UGAAGGAAGCUCUGGUGAUAACAGUUUGAGAAGUAGCCAUGAUGGUGAAACCGUUGAGGAAAAUAACGAUAACAACGAUGUCAACGACCAAGAUCCGCCUAUAGAUCCUGUGAUGUUAAAGUAUAUGGAAAUGAUUAAACAGCGUCGGGAGACUGAGAAUAAGGUAUAUGCAUGCAAGUAAACGUCAAACCAAUUUACCGCCAAACCAAUAUAACUAAUUAUUUUGACAUUUUUAAUUGUCUCUUUAACAACAGAAUUUUCAUGGUCAUUAUUCACCAUGUUGAACGACGAUGCAUUCAAUUUGUAGAACAAAUUGUUAUCUGCAAGGGUCACUUUAUGACUUACUUUGAUACUUUCAGACCUUAGGAAAGCAUCGAUCCUCGCCACCCCUAUAAUGGAUUUUUGAAAUGACGGACUUUUCAAACUUGCUAGCGCGCGAAAAUCGGCUCGGUGAAGUAGUGAAUGUCUUAACCAUUCAGCGUCGGAUUUCGUAUUUCGUUGCAACUCCUCCCACAAAAUUAAUUGGUUGUUUGAAGUCCGAAAGGUUAAUUGUCAAAUUAUCCAAUGCCACAUAUCACAGCUAUUUUACUCAUGCAUUAACUAUAUUAUAUAUAGUUAUAUAUAAUUUUUAAUAAUUGCAAUUUUUCUUCUAAAAUGGAAAUUCUUCCAUUCACUGCAUAAGUGUUUAUUUCGUAAAGAUAACAAUUAAAACGGCUUCUCUCUUAUCUUCACAGCAUAUUAAACAUCGAGAAAGCCAUGCGGGUUGUAUUUUUUAUAAAAGUAAAACUUAUAAUUUCAAACGAAAGUGUCCCAAUUAUUAUGAAAAAUGAUUGUCUAUCUUGAAAUGUGACAAAAUGUGUAAUAUUAUUUAUAUCAGUUUUAUCAUAUCUUGUUUUCACUUUCGUUUUUCUUCAAUAAUUAUAUAAUUGCUACGCAAUACUUUCUUCUCAGACGAUUGAAGAAAAGUCUGUCAAUAUUAGCAGUAAAGUUGAUUCACACGUAAGUAUAUUCAGACAAUCUUAUUAUCCAUUACUAGAAACACACAUGCAUGCAGCAAUCCCUCGCCUAUAUUUUCCAAACGUUGAUCUACAUGAAGUAUCAGUAAUACUGAACGCAGGCUUGAGUUUACGUCGAUGUUGCCAUGGCUACACGAUAAUAAAACAUGGUAAUUUAGGAAACUUGCAGCAUCAUUGAAAAGGAAGAGGAAGCAGUGCAUGUUAUCCAAGAAAUUAAAGCAACAAAAUUCAACAUUCAAAGCAAACUUGCCUUAUAUGUCACGAUUUCCCAUAGUAAAUCAAUUCUUCUCAUUUCUUCAAACAAAAAUCGUUUCAAAGCUCAAAGUAUGUGAAACAUGAUUUUCCAAAUGUUUUUGAAAAUUGAAAUAUUGCUUAUCCCACUCCUGGCAAACAUCUAUAUUUUCAAGAUCAGUGAGGUCCACUCAUGAACCAUAGUUGCGCGCCCGCGAUUAUUUAUGAAAUUUAUACUUCGCUAAUGCUUUCCUUUGCCCGGUUGUAAAUAUUUCCUUUGCCCGGGCGGAAUUAGUACCGUCGCCCCGGGCAACGCCCGGAACGGCGUGCCGCAUCUUUGGCUCAGGGAUAACCUAAAUAGAACACUUGUACUUUUUUGCUGAAUUGUAAGAAAAAAUAAAGAGUAAACAAAUAUUUAAACUUGUGUUAGCCUUUUAAACUUGGAUUGUUUUUUAUGCGUGUUUCAUGUGCCAUACGUUAAAUAAAAUCAUUGAUGAAAAGUGUUUGUAGAUGGAAAUUUCGAGCAAAUAUCAUAUACAUUUUCACACCUGACCAGCAGCGAAAAAUGCGACCAUAAGCCCUCCAGCCCUGUGAUUCCGGUUCAGCACUUUUACCGCUGAGUUACAGAGUUCAGUUGCCAAGCAAGUUCUUAAUUAAGUGAUGCUAUGCAGUGUAGAGUACAUGGAGAAAUAUUCAAGAUUUUCGGCAUCUCGCUCCGUAGAACUGAAUAAUGAAGGAUUUUCUAGUUGGAAAUUUUGAGCAAAAAUUGAUAUACAUUUUUUACUUUGUAUGUAUGUAGGAUGUCAGUGAUCAGGAAAGUCGUGUUUCGAAUGGCAAAAAUGAAGAUUUGAGGUAAGGAGUAACUUCCAGAUUACUAAAUUAAUCUUAAGUACACUUCUAUAAUCGCGAUCCUAAUUCUGUAAUUCUAACUCUAAUCUUAAUAACCAUUACCGUAAUCUCUUUCCCAAACCGAACCCAUGCCACUUAACGCUUAACCUAAAGCUUCCCUUUAAAGAUCGGCCCGUUCAAAUGCACCCGACAAUGUUGGCCCAAUAUCACGCAACACCGUGGAAGCAUUCGGUUUAUCUGUUUAUUUUUCAAAUCUUUUUAAGAAAUUGAUGGGAUUUAUCCAAAUUGAAAAUCUUUACUUUAAGCUCAACAUUUGCCAUGGAAUUAGUAAUAAACAUUAUUUUUGGAAUUGUUGGGUUGAGCUAAGAAUGUGGUGAUGGUGUCCUCGUAUUGUUACAUGUAUUGCUAUAGCCAACCGCCUACGUGGUUUUCUUCGUAGAAAUUGCACCCAAAUUACUCUUUUGUCUUGCACUUGUCCGGUCUCACCUGUCUUGUAUGCCAGUGAGGUCUGCAACUCGAAUUUCUUCACGUGAUCUUAUGAUCCUGGAGAGUGUUCAAAGACGAGCGACCAAGUUCAUACUCCAAGGCUAUGAGUUGUCUUAUCCUGAACGCCUGAAAAAGCUUAAUUUAUUGCCCGUGUCGUACUGCAUGGCUAGAAAUAAAGAAUCGCAUCUUUUUCUUGGAAUGAAAGGAUGGUCUCUACGAUCUGGAUAUUUCUUCUUAUGUUAACUUUUCCUCCCACCGCUCCUCACGCACCCGUUCAAGCAAUGCCAAUUUGCUUUAAAUAAAUUCUUGUAGGACUUCUUUUUUUAGAAACUCUUUUUUUAUCGUAUUGUCUUUCUUUGGAACAAUCUAUCACCGAUAAUUCGUCACAGUUCAUCUGUUUCCUCCUUUAAACGCCAACUCCACAUUCAUUACUCUUCUAAAUUAGAUUCUACGUUUGAUGUUAACACAAUGCGCUGUUGGUUGGUUUUCACAUGGGACCCAUGUCCUGCUGACCACAUCCUCCACCAUACUUUUAUUAUGUAUAAACAUUUUGUAUUCUUAUAUGGUUGUAAAGAAAAUAAAAAAUGUUGGGGCCGCUUGAACGGGCAUUGGGAUACCAAUGUUAUUUUAAAGACAACAGCGUACUUUGAAUGGUUCGUAUUUUGUCUGCAUGGUGUUAACAUAUUUCCUCUCACAUUUUUUGCCAUUUCUGCAUAGUAUUGUUAACUGUCUUGUUCUCCUUGCUAUACUGAGAAUCGUUUGAAUGAAAACUUAUUUUUUUAGUAUGGGAAAGUUGUCAGAUGAUGAUUUUAACUGGGAGUGA